GUAGAAGGAAGUCCUAUGGAUAAGCAGAGGAGGAAGGAAGUGUUCUUAAGCUACUUCGCCGACAUUGUCUACGAGCGAAUACUACUCAUUGGCCCUGGUCGCGGUGGAAAAACUGGAGUGUUGAGGUCGCUGCAAGACAAGAAGUUCACGAUGACCGCCAGUACACUUGGCAUGGACAUGGAAAAGCAUGCCUUCACCCUGAAUAAGAACAAAAGAGGAGUGUACCAAUUGGAGCCAACAGAUGCGUCACAUCACCUAGCCCUGCUGUCUGCCUCAAUCGUCGACCAAAUUAUCGGUGCUGGAGCUGACUCUCGGCAAAGUGAUGCCAGCGGUACAAACGCCUUCCAGCGUCUGGCAGCUGGAGCAGCUGGUGCAGUUUGGGGCACGUUUUUCAAGCGUUUGGAUGAGGCUUCUGGUUUGGGUGCGAACACACUGUUUGGUGACGUGUGGGAUUUGGCAGGGCAGAUGCCAUUCCACGCGUUACACGACCUUAUGUUUUCACCCGAACGCACCACGUACUGCGUCGUCUUCGAUGCCAGCAUCAAACCGGACACACCGUAUGCAGAUACCCUGACUGAUGAAGAUGGCGAGGACAAUCAGCUCAACAUCAACCAACCCACCUGUACGUACUUUGAUGUCAUCGACUCGUGGCUAUGUACAGCCCGCGGAGCACUUACCGACAACUCCACAGCGCCGAUUUUCCUCGUUGGCACACACCUGGAUCGUAUGUCGCAAGAAGAUGUUCGCAAACGAAGGAAACAACUGCAACAACUGACGCUCGGCAAGAAGUAUACUGACAGCCUUCAUCCAAUCAUCUUUGUUAACAACACUCUGUCUGGGUCAAAAGUUGACCAAGGAGUUGCAGAGUUGCGUCAACAGUUGGCCUGCGUCAUUCAAUCCCGUCGCAGAGAGAAGUUGCCAAUCUCGUGGCUGCCAUUCCCAGAGCUACUGGAGGCGAUUGCACAGGAGACGUCGUCAUUCAUCAUGAGCUAUGACAGGGUAUGCAGCAUCGCUCAUGAUGCAUUUGGUAAUGCUGACGUGGAUGUGCCUCGUCUCUUGAGCUUGAACCAGUCGCUUGGCUAUCUCAUUGUCUUUGAUGAUGAGGGUAGCCACUUUCCAUCGGCUACAGCUAGUAUGCCACCUGUUGGAGAAGCACAAGCAUCAUCAGAAUCCACACCACGAGCAGCACCACAACAAUCACCAGUAGCGGCAGCAGCACCCACGUCACAAUCUCAGCCACAAGCCAUGGCAGAAGGAGUACCAGCCGCCGCUUUUGGCCAUAGAAAAAAGGUUCUAGCUAGCACCCCAUGGCUGAUGUCAGCAUCCAAGGCUGUCCUUUUGCCAGCUCCUGUGUUGUAUAAGCAGGCUCACGAGUUCAAGCAGCAAUACAAGCUGCUGAAGGAUGGCAUCCUGUGUGAGUCGUUAGCCAUUCACCGAUGGCAGCAGGAGAAAGCCACGGCAGGUCUGGUGCGAUCUCAGGAGCAGCGCCGGAGUCUCUUUUCACUGCUAGCGUCUCAUGGCGUAGUCUGUGAUGCUGGCGAAGAUGAUCCAUUUUGUACAGGGUACAAAGUCUAUUAUGUGCCAGCCCUUGCCCAGUGUAAGCUGUCACAAGCGCUAGAGUCCAAAUCAGCGCCGCUCUACUUGGUUGGCGAAGAUCCAGACAGGAGCAUCACUCACGCGCAUUUUGGCCGAAUCACGGUGCGAUGCUUGCAAAAGUACCAACCGCACUGGGCGAAGGAUUUGCGUAUGGGCCUCAACGUCUCUAUGAGGUGCCAGGAUGAGUUUCAGCUUCAGCUCUCCUAUUCUUCCACAGCCAUUUGCAUCACAGUGGACAGCGACAAGAGCGAGAAGACAAUAGAUCACUGCGAGUCUGUUGUUCGCUUCAUUCUCAGUGCCACCACAGAGCUGCAGCAGCUGUAUGGCCAGCGCCUGCUGCGCCUCCAUCCCAGCAUUGCGUGUCUGUGCCGCGAUGACAGGCCAUGCCAGCUUCAUGACCAGCAGCACUGCAGGAGCACCGGAUGCCAGCACUUUGCAGAGAUUGGCAAUGGCGUCCGACCAAUUCGCUGUGGCCUAGGGCAAGCGCAUACCGACCGGCCAACGUGGGAUAGAUGGAUCAAGCCGUUCUACCCGGACUGCGAUGUUGAUGACUUGUGUCGCUUAGCUGUUGACGGCGCUGCUGGAAUGAAUGAUGACGACAAUCCUUGGUGUGAUAUUCGCUACAAGAGGCACCAUCAGUGGUUUGUCGGGAGACUUCCACCACGGGAGACUCGCCUUGCGGCGGUCUCGAACGGGCUGAUUAUGGAGGGUUUUCAACGCUGCCUGAUGGAUCGCAGUGGUCGCACUGAUCACAACGAAGAAUUUCUCAGAGAGGUCUCUGGCGGUGGUCGUAGGACAUUCAAGCUGUUCCUGGAGGUCCUUGAUGACCUUGGCUACCACUUUGUGAAGGUGCGGGCGGAGCUGCAAGCGCUAGUGUCGACCUCUGCUGACAGCACUGCUGCCAUGACCAGUUCAGCUUAUGCUCCAAAUACUCGUGGCAUGCGUGAAGUCAUCGACGAGGCUACUCUUAGCAGCACAAUGACACGCGUACGCCGGAUCCGCAUUGGCCUCAUCGGCCAAUUUGGUAGUGGCAAGACAAGCCUGGCUGACUCGCUAAGGGGUGAAGAAUUUCGUCCAGACAAAUCCAGCACUCCAUUCCUUGAAGUGCAUCAACAUAGCCUGCGGCUGCGUGAUGGCAAACUUCAAGAAUGGGAAUUCUCGACUGCUCAUCUGGAAGGAUCUCGGUUCAUACGCGAUGCGGAGACACGCGCAACUGAUCGUAAACGAUGGCAGGAUGAGAAUAGAAGAAAAAGAGAAGAGCGGAAGUCUGAGCUAGAAGCCAAAGCCAAUGUUUCUCAUGAGGGUCGUCCACCUCAUAAAUCUGGAAAGCAGCAUCAACCAGAACAUACACAGCUUGCCACUUCUAAACCAGAAUUCGGGCAGGGAAAGGAAAAGAAAGGUGAAGAAUCCGAGAGUGCCAUCUCUAGGAGUCAUGGACAAGAGAUGCCAGGAGACAAAUUUCUGGAUGAUGGAUCAUAUGAUACCGCCCAAAAGAGUGUUGCACCAGCAAAGUCAACAGUCAACAAGCCAGAUGAUCCUGAGCUAAUCAGCGUGGGUGAACUCACUCAAGGUGUGAUUAACGAAAUCAUUGCCAACAGAGAGCUGAUGCGGAAUGUGCGAGAUGAAGAGGUGAUCAUGUCCAUGUGGGACUGUGGUGGUCAGUCAAUCUUCUCCAGUCUGCAGCACUUCAUGUUGAGUGAGAGCUUUGUCAUCUAUAUGCUUUGCUUCAAUUCUGCCGAACCCCUCUGCUUGAUCAAACCACAAACCUAUACGCCUGAGGAUACAGCCGUCCCUGAGGAAAUCGAAGUGGCAAAAGAACUGGAGAACAUCGACCACAUCCGCCACUGGUUGACUGCCGUUCACUUCGCAAGCACUGCUGACAGUGUGUCAAUCCAGCAAGACAAUGUCUCCUAUUCGCCAAUCAUCAUGGUUGGAAACUUUGCUGACAAACUGGAAGAACAGAACCCAGAUCUGGGCCGGCAGCAACUCAAAGACAAGAUCUGGAACAAUUUGUGCAAGCUUUGCUGCAGGUCACCAGUAUUUGCAGCCAUGCAGUCUAACUCCGAUGGUAUAUCAACGUGCGAUGCCAACUCCUUAUUCCUGGUCAACAACCGAGAAUCGAACGCAUCGCCGGAAGUCCAUCAAAUUCACGCUAAAAUCCAGGAAGCCAUGUCUAUUGUCCUAAAAGGGAAGGAGAUGCCCAAGUCAUGGGUUCGCUUUGAGUGGAUUGUACAGCAUCUCAACCAAGCUUACAAGGAGAAAGGAUGCACUAGCCGAGAAUGGAUGAAGACGAUGGUAGCUGAGGCAUGCGGAAUCCAGGAGGAAUUCGAGUUUGAGAAGCUUCUACAGUUCUACCAUCGCAUGCGUGUCAUCAUCUACAAACCGACCAAGUGCCUGCCUCAGCCAGAUGACCUCAUCGUCUACAACGUGCAGUGGCUUAUCAAGCAGAUCAACCGUUUCAUGUUCGGUAAGAAGUACCUGGUGCAUGAAGCUGACCACACCUUUGCAAGUUCCCGGGAAGAAGAGAAUGCAGCACGUCUUCACAACACUCUGUGGGAGAAAGGCACAGCAGGCAUGCGUCUAGCGGACAUCACUAUGGCCUCCAUCCCACCCAGUGUCCGCACUAAGGUGGUUGAUGUGAUGGUUGACUGGGAUCUGCUCUACCAACUGGAAGACAACUCGUAUCUCGUGCCAUCAGCACUACACCAGCAGAGCCCACGGAAAAUUGAAGGUGCAUUGCGCAGUUUCAGCAAGGUAGAUGUGGAGAUGGACAGUAUCAAUUUCUCUACCGCUGACACCCCGUUGCUUAUUGCUGUGGAACCGUUUAAAGCACUACAAGAGGAUUACGAAUUCCCUGCGCCAGCCACGCCGAUGCCACAUAGCUCCUACUUCAAGCUACUAGUGCGUCUCUUCAAGAAAUGGGACAUCAGAAGCAUCAACACCAGCCACUGUGAGCUCACGUACAACACCGCCAGGCUAAGGCUGCCGAAUAGGUACCUUGGCUUGGGUGAGUUCAAGGAUGGCCACGUGGAAAUCUUCAUGGCUCACUACGACUCAUCAGGUGCAUUGCUGGUGAGCCUGAACUUCCAGCAUCCUCUCCACACAUUCCAGCCCGGUCAUAUCAGCACGGCAGACAAGAGGCUUCGCUCGAUAUCAUCCAUCUGCCAGCAAGUCUGCAAGGACAUAGUUUCACGGCUGACAGAGCUUUCAUUCGUCACGACAUCCUCUGUGUCGCUCGACGCUGACAAUCUCGUCUGUGAAUGCAAACCCAGUGAAUGGUCCGACCACACAACAAGAUGCCGCGACCUUGGAUAUGCACCGUGGCGCGUGCGUUUUGCUGAGCAGUCUACUGACAUUGCGGCCAGCAGUCGCGUCAUGGAAGGUGCUUAUCCGGACGGCAAUCCUUGCAUUAAAUGCGGCAAAGAUAUCCGAGUUCCCGACAACUCGCAUUGCUGGUUCAAUGACAGAGAGUUCAAGUUGGAAGGUCAGAGUAACCAGCGUGCCAGGAAGAAAGUUGCUGCAUCAAAGUUGCCGUGUGCUCCAGCUGACCCAUUUGAAAGCAAGAUCUUCGACAAAGACAUUCUGCCGCGUUUGCGUGAAUUUGAUUGCGGUACCCUGCGGAGACUUCUGCAAGACGAGGGAUUGCUAAGUUUAUCUGAGGUCCUGGACUUGCAACGCCAAGAGAAGUAUCUUGGACAAGAGCAGGCUAAUACGGCAGCGAUCAAUUGUGUCCACGUCGGCGGUGCUGAUGCAUAUGCCAAAGUGUGUAGGGCAGUCGAGAAACGCCCACUGCUCGUGGAAUUGCACAAGAGGAUGGUUGCGCUUCUACCUGCUCAACAUG